UUGGCCACCUGCCGGUGAAACUGGUGGUGGAUCGUUGCCCUCGGGUCGCUCCGGGGCGGGGACACGGAAACUGGCCAUGGAAGGUACGUCGGGGGCUCGGGAGCCCCGGGCCCGGCCAAGAGAGCGGGACCCAGACCGGCACCUCCGCCCGGACCGAGACCGCCACCCCGAGCGACACCGGGACCGACCCGGGGACCGGCGGAGGGAGAGAAACGGGGGCGAGCGGAGGGACGGGGACCGGGGCAGGGAGAGGCACCGAGACCCUCGCCAGGACAGACACCGGGUCGGGGACCUUCGCGCCGGUGAACAAAGAGUCUGGGAAAAAUCCCAUCAAAGUCGGACGCGGGACAGACCCCGGAGGCCGACCUGGGACGCAGCCCCGCCCCCCUGGCCCGCACCUUGGGAAACCCCGGAGUUACCGCCCCAGAGGAAGGAGCGCUUCGGAGCCAGUGGCCGGGCAAGUUACAGUGAACCCACUGCAGGGAGAUACCUGCCCUCGAACCCCAGGUCUGGACUAGAGGAAGUGGAAUAUUACCAGUCAGAGGCUGAAGGACUCCUGGAAUGCCAUAAAUGCAAAUACUUGUGCACUGGGAGAGCCUGCUGCCAGAUGCUGGAGGUGCUCCUCAACUUGUUGAUCCUGGCCUGCAGCUCUGUUUCUUACAGUUCCACAGGGGGCUACACGGGCAUCACCAGCCUGGGGGGCAUUUACUACUACCAGUUCGGAGGCGCUUACAGUGGUUUCGAGGGCGCCGACGGGGAGAAAGCACAGCAGCUGGACGUCCAGUUCUACCAGCUGAAGCUGCCCACGGUCACUGCGGCGAUGGCCUACAGCGGAGCCCUCAUGGCCUUCUGCUGCCUCCUUGUCCUCCUGGGCGUCCUGCGGGUCCCGUGGCACUGCCCCCCAUGGCUGCUGAUUGAAGGCUUGUUGGACGUGCUCAUCGCAGGGGCCUAUGUCCCCGCUCUGUACUUCUACUUCCACCAGCUCUCGGCUGCCUAUGCGUCCCCAGUGUGCAGAGAGAGGGAGGCGCUGUACCAGAGCAAAGGGUACAGCGGCUUCAGCUGCACUUUCCACGGGGGAGAUAUAGGAGCUGCGGUCUUCGCCAUCCUGAGCAUCGGGCUCUUUGCUUUGGGGGCUGUGCUGGCCAUCCGAGGUUACCGGCAGGUCAGGAAGCUCAAAGAGAAGCCUGCAGAGAUGUUGGAGUUUUAGGCCUUUUAAGCCAACCCGCCAAAUGUCAGUGGUGGAAGUUACUCCGAACCACUGUCUUUCACGGAAUACUUGGCCAUGGGACUUGCCUGCACUUGAAGAGGGUGGGGCCAACAUCGGUGUCCUGGGGAAGCUCCAGGUUACACAGAGCAGCCUUCUCUGAGGUUAUAAGUUCUCAAGUCCUCUGCUGGUGAUCGAGUCAAAGUUUGAAACAGACCAAAACUGGAAGUCAGGACCCAUGAGGAAAAGGCACGGGCUGUAGCAAAAUGUACUUUUGAUUAGCUCAAGGGAGAUAACCCUGUGAAUCUGAAGAACCUUAUCUUCCAAGUUGGUGGAAAGCCCUAUACACCGGAGACAACAUUCCGGCUUAAACUUUUGUAAACACAGCUGUCUUAAGCAGAUGAGCCCCAAAGUUUUUCCACACUGAGGGCUUGGAUCCUUCACUUCCUUUAUGCUCUGCAGGCAGGGUGUAGGGAAGCUGGGGAGCCUCCGCCUGUAAGUUGGAGGUAGGCGUGGGCCAAGCAAAGAGGAAUCAGAUUCAUUCACUGGGCUGCAAAGAAGCUAUUCUAACAAGCCCCUUCCAACGACCUUGAAAACUCAAUAAGUGUUUUGUACCUCUUGUAAAUGUACCAUUGUACGGAGAAUUAAACCCAACAUCUGGAAUUCAGGAUCCAUCCAGAAUAAAAGAAUGUAAAAUCUU